AUGGCUGAUCCUAAGUACUUGAUUUCAGAAGCUGAAAAGCUUUUGAAGCCACAAAGUGGAUUCAUGCUGUUCUUCUCAGGCCUGCUGACAGACCGCAAGGAGGAUGCACUGGAUUGUUUUGUACAAGCUGGCAAUGCCUAUCGCUUGCAGAAGAACUAUGUCGAUGCUGGCGCUCAAUUCGUGAGAGCCCUGGAUAUUCAAACAGAAUUGGGAAAUCACAAUGAGGCGGCAAAUCACUUGGUUGAAGCUUACAAGUGCUACAAGGAUGCGCUGCCAUCAGACGCCAUAGAGGCGUUGAAGAAGGCAAUCCAUAUCUUUUUGACUCAAAACGGGCAGUUCCGCCGAGCUGCCAACUUUACUGGUGACCUUGCCGAGCUUUACGAAAAAGUUGGUGAUCAAGAGAACGCAAUUUUAUCAUAUGAACAAGCAGGUGACUAUUUCCUGACCGAUCGCGCUGAUGCUCUUGCUUCAAAGUCUUAUCUCAAGUGUGCUGAUUUGUGCGCUGCAACGGGGGACUAUGCCAAGGCAAUCAAGUUCUACGACAAUAUCAUCAAGGUUGCUAUGGGUAACAAUUUACUGAGAUGGCUGCUUAAAGACUAUUUUUUCAAAGUAAUUUUGUGUUUAUUGUGCAUGGAUGAUGAAAUCGAGGCACUGAAGCGUCUAGAGCAAUAUCUGGGCGAAGAGCCUCUGUUUGAGCUGCUGAGGGAAGGCCAAUUGUUGCGUGAUAUAUUGGAAGCCAUUGAAGCGGGGGACUUAGAGAAGUUCCAGGAAAAAGUGUUCGAUUAUGACAAGUUUUCAAAAUUGGACAAACUCAAGACGCAGUUGUUAUUGAAAGUCAAGAACCAAGUCGUCAGCAAGGAAGAGGUCGAUUUAUUAUAA